CCGCCGGAAGGGCGGGCGGUCUCCGAGCUCCGAGUCAAACUUCCGGCCGGCGCGGGGCCUGCGGCGCUGGCGGGGCUGCGGGGACGCCCGUGGAGAUGGCUUGCGCGGCCGCGCGGUCCCCGGCCGACCAGGACAGGUUCAUCUGCAUCUACCCCGCCUAUCUGAACAAUAAGAAGACCAUCGCCGAGGGCAGGCGGAUCCCCGUGAGCAAGGCUGUAGAAAACCCUACCGCUUCGGAGAUUCAGGAUGUCUGCUCGGCGGUUGGACUGAAUGCAUUUCUGGAGAAAAACAAAAUGUACUCCAGAGAGUGGAACCGUGAUGUUCAGUACAGAGGCAGAGUUCGGGUACAGCUCAGACAGGAAGAUGGCAGCCUCUGUCUUGUACAGUUCCCAUCACGUAAGUCGGUGAUGCUGUAUGUAGCGGAAAUGAUACCCAAGCUGAAAACAAGGACACAAAAGACAGGAGGUGCUGACCCCAGUCUUCAGCAAGGAGAGGGAAGUAAGAAGGGGAAGGGGAAGAAGAAGAAAUGAUGCGGACGGGAAGCGCGCAGCCCCACUGUGAGACGUGGCGUCUUCGCGUCUGAGGGAGCAGCUUUGUCUGUCCUUUAACUGAACUGUGAGCAAGUGUGUCCCCAUCUUCAUCAGCAGCCCUAACAUAAGUUUACAUCAAAAGUUUGCAUCUAGCUUUUAUACUGUAAAAAGGAAAGAUUGUGUGGAAGAAAGAAGAAUAUUUUUAACAGAUAAUGACUGUCCCAUAAGGUACUUGAAAUCUGUAUGUUUGUCCUCUGUGUAAACAUAUUUCAGGUAAAUAAGUUUAGUAAAAUUUAAAAUACACAUUUUGUUCACCUUUUAAGUUAAUGAAAUAAAGAUUUAAACUGA